ACACUAUUGCUAUCAGAUGCGCAAUGGAUACAAUUUCAUAUUUUUAUAACCACGUUUUCACGGCGUUUAGAAUGAAUACUAUGACAGUGUAGUAAACAUGUUGUGUAUUAUUUUACGUGAAGGUGAACGCCGCAUUUUUCAGCUUAUCUUGAAAGUGCUGGAAGUAUAUAGAACAUCAUAAAAAGUAAUUCUUAACAAGUGUUUGCUAGUUACAAGUUACGAAAUAGAACUCGAUCCUUGCUUUAAAAUUAAUUGACCUGAAUUGCAGACAUAAUAAUGACAUACCAUGUCCUGUCACGUUCAGUAAGAUAAAAGGGGUAGAACGAUGAUUUGUUUGCAUACGAUAGGGGUAAUCAUAAUAUUUUAUGUGUUUCUGCUUAUUUAACACUAUCAAACACGUUCUGAAAGCACGCAUAGCCCGAUAUACAUACUAUAAAUUAAACUUAUAGACAUAUACCGUAACAGGAAAAUGGGAUGCUGGGCUUGGUUGUGCGCUUUUUUGUGCUUGGCAUGGUUUAAGGGAACAAGUUGUCUAAAUACACAACUCGUCAACGAAGCCAUCGUGUCUAAUUUUAAAACACUGAAGGCUACUUGGAACUUGUCGGAUAGUGAAUUGUACGCGCACAUUGUCAAUAAGAUUUCACGAGUAUCACCAACACGAGACUUCCAUAUUGAUGAUCUAGGUCUGGGAAGUCUUAACACGAGUUGCCAUGAUGACGUAAACGAGUGUGAAAAGUUUCUGCAAGAAAAUUGUGUUGAUGUUUCCCGCAUAGCAUUAAAGACGCGUAAAAUAUCCUCUUGGUUUCCCUACAUCAUCUACGAGGCUUUCUUCGCCUCGGACUGUCAGAAUGCGAUGCCAGUCAAAUCAAGAGCAAAGUCAUCAUCUGCACAAGCAUGGGGCUAUGGACUGGGUUUCGUUACAUUGAUAUGUAUUAUAUCGAAUGUGGGCGCGAUAUUCACGCCAUUCAUGGAUCAUCGCUACUUCCAGAGGGUACUCUUGUUCUGCGUCGCUCUAGCCGUGGGUACAUUGUGUGCAACAGGAAUGCUUGUGCUCAUACCAGAGUCGAUGCACCUGACAGCCGACGACUCGCCCGUCCCAGAUUAUCAUCUUAAAAUGUCAACCGCCAUGGGGGGACUAUACUUCUUUUACAUCUCCGAAAAAUUCCUGAAAAUGUGGUUCAACAGAAAAAAGAAAGGUGUUCCGAGGGAGCAUUCGGAGAUGGAUCUGCAUUACAAGAAUGUCCAAGAAAAUGGCGAGACGACCUUGAACAAAGAACAAACAGAUCCCAUGUUGAAACCAGAAGAGGGUACAACAAAAAGAUACAAUAAUCCUCUUUACAAGUUUUCACGAACCAAAAAAUUAACAACCGUCGCACUAAUGAUCAUGAUUGGCGACGCACUGCAUAACUUCGUGGAUGGCAUUUCUAUUGGGGCGGCAUUUACAGAGGACACUUACCUGGGGAUCAGUGUCUCACUGGCGGUCGUCUGCGAAGAACUGCCUCACGAGUUAGGGGAUAUUGCUAUACUGCUUCAUUCGGGUCUGACGAUGAAGAGGUCGCUGCUCUAUAAUUUUCUGGCUGCGACCACGUGCUACAUCGGGCUGGUGAUUGGCAUUCUCCUUGGUGAGAACACGGACGCUAACACGUGGAUCUUUGCAAUAGCGGGAGGGAUGUUUGUAUACAUAUCUCUCGUUGAUAUGAUACCAGAGAUGGGCGACCAACUGCGAGUCGUUGUAGUGCGUGGAGAUGAAAGCGUUUGGGCGGCACUCUUUCUCCAGAACGUCGGACUCAUAGCCGGAUAUGAUGAGCAAAACGGUUUUAGAAAAGGGAGAAGUACGAGUGAUCAUCUGGCUAGUUUAACAUAGUUAAACAUCCAUUAUAGAUACCCGUCUGAAGAAACGAAAGCCAACUGUUGCUGCAUGUAUAGACUUUCAGAAUGCGUACAAUAAAAUUGACCGAUCCAUUUUGUGAAACCGUAUUGCUGAGAUGGGGGUAAAUAAUAAAAUGUUUAAAGCUAUUAUGUCACUUUAUUCAAAUGUUCAGUCUUGCAUUAGAAUAAAUGGUUUUAUAUCUGAGGGGUUUACUGUUGAGGUAGGAUUGCGUCAGGGCUGUAUUUUAUCGCCUAUACUUUUCAACUGCUUUAUCAAUUAUCUUGCUGUUAAUUUAAAUGCACUAGGUUUAGGUAUAGAAAAGAGUAAACAUCUGUGUAUAUUGAUGUAUGCUGAUGGCAUAGUUAUUCUUUGUUUUUAAAAGCUAGUCAGCUACAUAAAGGGGUUCAAAAUUUCAGUGAUUGCAACAAGCACAAUUUCAUUCUUUCCAAUUUAAAUAUUUUUAGAGAAGCUGCAAAAAUCCUGCUACCUUAUACUAGAUAAACGUGCAAAAUAUAUGUUCAAUAUUUAGUUAUUUUAUUAUUAUGUUUUAAAUGUUUUAACAAUGUAAAAAAUAAGAGUUAUGGAUACUUUACAUGUAUAUUUUAUAGGGUGAGCUAUGGGCUAACAUAUUUCAGAGUGUAGAUUAAGUUUGCUUAGAGUCAAAUAUUUAGGUAAGACAUAACACAUUUAUAUUAUUUGGGCCAAAACCAAUAAUAAAUCAAAAUAGUCCAUAUGUUUAAUAAUACUGGCUUACCCUGUUGGAAAUACAUGUAUGUGAAUCUGUUGAUUAAUACUCACAAAUAUUGAUAAAUACUCACACUAUAGUGUAAAUAUGCACUGUUAAUUGGCAUUAAGAUCAGUGGCAUUAUCUGAUUAAAAGGAACAGUUAUAUUUUUAAUAGAAAUAGGAGCUUUAUUGUACAAUAUUGAAAUAUGAUUUUAAAAGGUUAUUGUGACAUUUAUUCAAGAUUAAAUUAUCACCAUUAACCAGUUCACUCAUAUUCUGACCAUGGCUGAUUAAGGUUCUUUUAGACAUUUAUUAUCUUGCGCGCUAGUGCCACUAUAUACAAAUUUCAGGUUUUUUUUAAUGAAAAUUUUAUGGUAUUUUUUAGAUAAGGUUAAGGGUGGUAAUCUAACUUUUAUAACUUUUAUAAUGUAAAAAUGAUAGUUUUCUGAAGUAAAAUGUCACUAAUAAUUCAUAAAUUAAAUGAUCAAUGUUAUGAUAAUGCUUUUAAUUUGCAUUGAACAUUGUGAAAAUUGUAUUAUAUUGGAAGAGACUUUAAUAAAGAAUAAAUUUAUCAAAGCAUAA